AUGGAGAGCACUAAUACUAUAAAGAACAUCGAGGACGUGAAGAAAGAAUUGUUUGCAAACGUCAUGAAAGGUGAUUGGAAAGAAGUGGUAAGAAAGUAUAAGGAAGAUGGAAGGGCUCACAAGCUGAAGAUCAGCAGAUCGGGCCACACAGCGUUGCACUUGGCAGUCUCCGACGCCGGAGAGGAUGUCGUUGAAGAAAUGGUGGACGCCAUUAAGUCACGUAAUUCGACGAAAGAUGCCUUCGAAGCGUUGAGUAUCGGAAACGAGAGGGGACAUACGGCCCUCCAUUUCGCGGCGGCGUUGGGGAACUUGAGAAUGUGCAAGUGCAUCGCGAGCGUCGACCCGUUGCUCGUCGGCGUUCGGAACAAUGAAGGAGAGACCCCUCUCUUUUGGGCUGUUCUUUACGGCGCCCAACCACAGGCUUUCUUCUGUCUCUACAAAAUGUGUUCAUCAACUGAUCAGGAAGCUGGCUAUUCUUAUUGUAGGAGAGAGGAUGGCCAAACUAUUCUACAUUGUGCAAUAUUUGCGGAGGAGUUUGAGUUGGCGCUUCAGAUAAUUUCCUUGUACAAGGGACGACUCGUCAAUCUUGGUGACGAGGAUGGAAUUUCCCCUCUCCAUACUUUAGCAAGCAAGCCGUCUUGCUUCAGAAGUGGCACCAAUUAUGGACGAUGGGGCAACAUCUUUUACAAUUGUAUUUACGUAGAGCACCCCAAGAUGAAACCGCUGGAUGCAAACGAUACGGAGAACUCUGAUGAUCAAGAACAUCAGUAUAGUUAUCCAGAAAACUACCAAGCUUUGGUCAAUUUCAUUCUGGUGAUGAAGAAAGCGUUUCAAACUGUGACCACCAUAGGACUCGCUAGGGCCAGAUCAAAAACUGAUACAGAAAACCCUGAUGAUCAAGAACAUAAAGAUCAUACAGAGGAGAAAGAAGAGAAAGAGAAGAAAAGUCCUGCACUGAAAAUAGAGGAAACCGCCAUAUUAGUCGCGGCAAAAAAUGGAGUGUCUGAGAUCGUGGAUCGAAUUCUUCAAAAUUUUCCAGUGGCCAUUCACGAUGAAAACAAAGAUAGGAAGAACAUACUUCUACUAGCCACGGAGAAUCGGCAAUUGGAAGUGUAUAAACUCUUGCUAAAGAGAAAUGUCCCAAGGGCCCUCAUCAUGCGGAAAGUGGAUGAGCAAGGCAACACUGCUUUGCAUUUGGCCGCAACGCUCAAUCCCACGGCCAAUAAGCUUUGGCCUAUUCCCGGCGCAGCCCUACAACUGCAGUGGGAAAUUAAAUGGUACAAGUUUGCGGAGAAAUCCAUGCCACCAAGGUCUUUUUUACGCCCCAACAAAGAGGGCGAAACCCCAGAGGAGAUUUUCUCUCAAACCCACAAGGAGCUCGUCAAAGCUGGCAGCAAAUGGCUAACAACGACCUCAAGCGCCUGCUCUCUCGUGGCGACACUCAUCGCCACGGUCGCUUUCGCAAGCUGCACCACGUUUCCAGGCGGCACCGACGAGAGAAGUGGCAAACCGAAGCUUGAAAACCAGCCGACAUUCAAUCUUUUCAUGUCCUUUUCACUGAUUGCCCUUUGCUCUUCAGUUACAUCAUUGGUCAUGUUCCUCUCCAUCCUCACGUCGCGACACCAAGAAAAAGAUUUCAGCAAUGACCUGCCAAAGUUGGUAUUAGUGGGAUUAACGUCGCUCUUCAUUUCCAUUGUCUCCAUUCUUACUUCUUUUUGCUCCGGCCACCACUUCGUGCUGGAAGAAAAGCUCAAAAACGCUGUGAUUUUAGUGUAUACAGUGACGUUUUUACCAAUAUCCCUUUUCGCUGCUGCCCAGUUUCCAUUGUACCUUGAUCUUCUACGAGCUACAUUUGGGAGUCCAUUUUGA